ACGCUUGUCGAGUCCGUCUCCAGCGCAGGCGCGGUGUGCCUGUCAGGAUCGGCGGCAGCGAGGAGAGGUGCGGGGAGUGCCUGGAUUCUCUCGCGAGGAAGGACGCCAUUAUCGCCCAUCAAAACACCACGAGAACUCGCAGAGCCCACACGGACGAUUCAUCGCAUUGGCAGUUAUCCAUGAUGUCAGGCGAGGAGCUGACAGAAGUGGUUCAAAUAACGGUUGAUGAUUUACAUGUUAACCACCCUGACAUGUUAGAAAAUCAUGAGGUAACAGAAGACGACAUACCGCCUUCACUGAAACGCCAGCGGAUAGAAAUCAACUGCCAGGACCCAUCCAUAAAGUCGUUCCUGUACUCGAUCAACCAGACCAUCUGUCUGAGGCUGGACAGCAUCGAGUCCAAGCUGCAGGUUCUGGAGGCCACUUGUAAAUCACUGGAGGAGAAACUGGAUAUGAUCAUGAACAAAAAUCAAAACCCCAUCCAAGUACCCAUGGUGGCGGGAUCACCACUUGGAGCCACUCAGACGUGGAACAAAGUGAGAUGCGUUGUUCCUCAGACAACCGUUAUCCUGAAUAAUGAAAGACAGAACUCUGUAGUGGCCAAGCUGCAGAGUCAGGAGGAUUCAGUAAACAAGACGACAGAAAGUCUGGAAAAUAUACUUAAUAGUGCGGUCCCUGGACGAAGACAUAACACAAUCGUAGUGAAGGUACCAGGCCCAGAUGAAAGCCACAGUCAUGAUGAAAAUGACAGCGGAUCAGAAGCCAGUGAUACACUGUCAAACUCUGGACACUCUGGAAAUUCCAACAUGGGGAACAACGUUACCUUGAUCACUCUGAACUCUGAAGAUGAUUAUCCCAAUGGCAUGCUCGGUGAUGAAAGCAACCCUGAGAUGCGAGUGAGAUGUCCGAUCACAGCAGCCGACAUGCUUCACAUCAGCACCAACUGCCGGACGGCAGAGAAGAUGGCCCUUACUCUGCUUGAUUACCUUUUCCACCGUGAGGUGCAGGCUGUCUCCAAUCUAUCAGGGCAAGGCAAACGCAAGAAACAGCUGGAUCCGUUGAUGAUCUAUGGCAUAAGAUGUCAUCUAUUCCACAAGUUCCGAAUCACAGAGUCUGACUGGUACCGGAUAAAACAGAGCAUUGACUCCAAGUGUCGCACAGCUUGGCGCAGGAAGCAAAGAGGGCAAAGCCUGGCAGUAAAAAGCUUCUCACGUAGAACCCCUUCAAACACUUCAUAUAAUGCAGCUGAUGGUGUACAGAAUACUGUUUCAUCUUCCAGUGACCUGCAGCAGACACAGCCUCAAGCAUUGCACUACGCUCUGGCCAAUGCCCAGCAGGUACAGAUCCACCAGAUCGGGGAAGAUGGCCAGGUCCAGGUGGGACACCUGCAUAUUGCACAAGUACCGCAGGGAGAGCAGGUGCAAAUCACUCAAGACAGCGAGGGCAACCUGCAGAUUCAUCAAGUCCACGUGGGUCAGGACGGCCAGGUUCUUCAAGGAGCACAACUCAUCGCUGUCACCUCUGACCCAACAUCUGGUGUAGUUAAUGGCUCCCCGCUACAGGCCAAUGACAUCCAGGUCCAAUACGUUCAGCUGGCACCUGUCACUGAACCAUCGGCAACAGCUCAGGCCGUAGAACCUCUACAGUCCGCUCUACAGCCAGAGAUGCAUAUUGAACAUGAAUCAAUCCAGAUCCAAUAAUCCCAGCAGCUGAGCAUGUCAGGAGCCCUUGUGUGCCAGCCGUUAUCAGCAUGAAGGACAAAAGGAGCUGCACGCGCACCCGCCCACCAUUGAAACCCACUGAGCAAGACCUCAAUGUGAAUAUCUCAGAGGACCAGACUGCAAUGGACUCAACUAGCUGUGCAGAAUUCAUUCAGUUGCUUGUACUCUCUAAUAUGCUAUUUUUGUAUCCUCUGUUGUUUGUAUCGGAAAAACAAAAAAAAAAAAACAAUUCUAUCUUUAAAAGUGACAUUUUCUGUUAAUAUAGAUUUUUGGUUUGCAGGAAAAAAAAAUAUUCAAUGAUCAAGGAACAUUCACUCACUGUUCUGCAUGUGUAAAAUAAUUCAUAGGCCAAUAAACCAAAACUAAGUGUACCUGUCAUUACACAAAAUGGACAAGGUGAUUCUUCUCCUUAACAAGAUAACCUAGACGUUGAGUGAUUCCUAAAAUAUCUGUAUGAGAAGUGAGCAGUGGAAUUCUGUUCAGACUGUAUAGAAUGAACCAUCUGAACGUUUUAUGAAUGCUCUAAAAGGUGGAGUUGACCUUUAAGCAGCAAAUUGUAUCACUGUUGUAAUAAUUAAUUAUAAGUGUGCAUCCUCUAUAAAUAACUCCAAGCAAACUGCCACAUUGUGUGGAAAGAUUAGACCCCCAUGGCUUCUCAGGACAAGUCAGCAUAGCACCAAGUACUGCCAGAAAAUUCCAUUACACCCAAUCAUUGGCUGGGAAUCAAACCAAAGUCAGCUGCUUGGAAGACAGCUAUGCUCACCACUAUACCACCAAUUCCGAUCCACCUAAAUAUUCAUCUGCAAAGAUAAGACACAUAAUUUGUAUAUAACGCUGUGCAUGGGUGUAGUGACCAUGGAAGGUGGAUUACUUGGCUGUCUUCGGCAGCCCAACAAAUGUAUUUAUUUUUUCAUGUGUUGGACAAAAAAAAAAAUAUAUAUACCAUGUCCCCCAUUCACACAGUUGAUGUGCUGAUCCUUCCCGCUAUGGUAUAUUGUAUUCUGAUAGUGGAUAGCGUUCGCAGCUGUAAGAAUACUGUGAUCAAUGUUGCUGGCUAUAGCUGGUGGCACUGAUUGUUCAUGAAAAACCCGACAGAUUGGUUGUACACAAGCCAAUUGACAGAUUGUCUUAUGUACAUGAGUCCCUGCUGGUCCUGCCAUGUACUGUAUGGCUGGCUUUAUAGCGAGCAGUGCAAUAGUACAUGCUCUUUCUGAGAGGCCGUACACUAAGCACAGACAGACAGACAAAACACAAUGUGAAGCUGGUACUCAGAAGGUUCAAUGGACUCCAUGCAAUUUUAGUGGUGGGGGAGAAGGGGUGUUGCUCCAGGUAUUCUGAGAGCUGUCCAAUUCAGUCAUUGCAAGGGCAGCCUAUUAACAGCUAUUGCAUGAAACCCUUCUAUAAAACCAGAAUACUAAAUUUAUAUAAUUCAUGUAUAACAGAAGAUACCACAACAGGUACAGUGAGGACAUUACUGUGAAAAUUGGAAAUGUUAUGAAAAUAAUCUAUAGAAGAAUGAUGAUUUAUUUUAUAAGGUCCAAAACUGCUCUGGAGAACUGCUGACACCAGAAUUAUAGUCAGAAUAUUGUAGUCUAUAAGUUGUGUGAUGGACAGAUCAUUGUAAAUGAUAAUGAUGAGUGGGCAUUUCAAACACCCUCAAUAAAUAACUAUUUAUGAUCUA